AUGAAGCUCCUCGCUACUUUCACACUCUUUGGCGCACUGGUCGCUGCCGCCCCUGUUGCCGAUCCGAUCGAAGCACGUGCUACUACCAGCAGUGCAGUGAAGACUAGCAGCGCAGCAGCCACGAUCAAGACCAGCAGUGCCAUCGCAGCGGUCACCUCGAAAACCAGCAGUGCCGCUGCAGUGGUGUCUUCCAAAGCCAGCAGCGUAGUCGUGGUAGCCUCUUCCAAAGCAAGCAGCGUAGUCGUGGUAGCCUCUUCUAAGGCAAGCAGCGUAGUUGUUGCCGUCUCCUCGAAAGCCAGCAGCGCAGUCGUCACCACGUCCACGGCGGCACCAUUGAUCGGUGUCAACGUCGGUGGGUCUUCUUCGCCCCUUGUGGGAGUGAAGCUCUCGUCCUCGACAUUGCUUGCCGUUGUAGUUGGCUCAGGAUCUACAUCUACCACGGCUCCGGCCUCCACGAUUACUGCUGCACCCACUGGCACCGCAGUUACAGCUUCCACGGCUCUUCCGUCCACGUUCUCUGCCCCAGUUCAAGGACAAGGUGUUCUAUCGCUUAACAACCUUCCUGCGAUGCCAGCUGUGAUCGACAAAACUUUCUCCGGUGUUCUUGGUGCUGCCUAUGGUCUCAUGUCUGGUGCAUGCGAUUCAUCAUACCGUUGCAACAUUACCGUAGCUGGUUCAAUCUCAAACCUUCUUGUCGAUGGCAACAACUACCAAACGGCCAGCAGUGUGGCAGCUUGGUGCGAUGGAGGACGCUGUUAUGGUGCUGCCACUGUCCCAGUGACAGCUACCGCUCCAUUUAUCAUUACCUGUGAUCAGCUCAGCGGUACACAAGCCUGUUCUGCCACGAUCUCUGGCGCAGCAAAUGCAAUCUUUACCAACGGGCAGUCUGUCGAACUCUGGGGCUGGGCUACACCCUCCGGAUACUGCCAAAAUGGCGUGUGCACUGCGUCUAUCACAGCCGUCGGUGACCCAAUGUACUAG